UCACAACGAGUCCCGUGCCUUUUUGGAUGAUUGCACAAAAUUAAGUCUAUGUCGGUUGGUGCGUCAACGGUUUCAUUGGGAGCACUGCUGCUGGUGCUACUGCCACUUGACCCGGUUGUGGGAACUCCGGCUUUGGCAUUGCAGGGUGGCGGCAUCCGGGCGCUUGCCUCAGAUGCAGGGCUCGUGGCAGGUGUUGCCAGGAUAAAGCACCUCCAACACCUUCGGCAACUCGGGCAAUCUUCAGAUGUUCAAGCAGAUUUAAACAGCUGGGACCUGACUGCAGUGCUGAAGCAGUUCCAUAUGGUGUCCAGCGUCAGUGGUUCCUCGUGGUUUGCAGCAGAGUUGUUCUUCUCCAGCAGCUUUCUUGAUUUGCUAGCAGGUAUAGCAUCCUCACCUUCGAAAUCUGCCCAGAAAUUUGAAAAGGGCUGGAUUGGGCCUUGGUUGCGAGCAACUGGUGUGACGGAGCCAGAGUUUGACAGCUGGCAAACUCUUGUUCGGCUUUGGGUGAAGUUUUGGUUAGGCACUGGUGAUGAAGACACGAUAUUUUUGGCACAGUUCUUCCUUGCCACUGGCUUAUCUUGGAACCACUUCGUGGAUGUGCUCCUGAACUCAACUGCAGGAAUCUCCAGCGAUGCGAAGAUGGGUUCUUUGCCCGCCUUUCCCACUCAUCAAGUUUGGCUUGUGGACCACACACUUCUUUUGCCAUCUGGAGGGGCUUGCAUCUCAGAAGGCAAACUACUCCUCCCGCAUGUACGCUACAAGGCUGAGACUGGUACAGACCUGCCGAUAUAUUUGCCUGCAGCAUUCAGCAUCAAGCUAGGUGCAGGCCUCCACAGCGUUGCACCCGUUUCAUACAUGGCAUUGCCAGAGGUCCCAAUCAAGUGCCUGAUGCUCGUAGAGUUGGACGCCCUCGUAAUUGGACGACAACAAACAUGCGCGGGGUUCAACUUUGAGGGCGUUUGGUUGGGGGGCUCCAGCUCCAAGUCAUCUUCUCCCAUGUUUGUCGAUGCGACCAACGGCAGCCUAAUGAACACAAGUGGCCAACUCCCUAUUGCCCGAACUGUCGCUGCCUCUUCUGCCUUUUUUGGCUCUGCGAUUGAUAGCGUCCUUCUAUCUGAGAUCUCCGCUCAGCUCUCGGCAGACGUGGCGGUGUGGGUCGGUGAGACAGGCUUCGAAGCUGCAGAGCACAUUCGAGAAGAGCUUCAGUCGCAUGUAGAUUCACAAGCUAUCUCGCAGCUCGCUCAGAUCGCUUUCCACGCUCUGCUCGAUGGUGGCUUUACUGACGGCACUGGAGUUGCACAGGCAGUAGCCGCAGGUUCUUCCGAAGUGGUGGCGGUCUUGAACAGUUUCUCCUCCAAUCAGCCAGAGUAUGUGGCACAACUAUUUCCAGGUGGCACUGUCAUCAAACCUGGUGUACCCAAGGAACUCUUUCCCGUCUUUCAAUCUCCCAAUGCCUCCACGGUUCAAGCGUCCUUUGAACACUUUGAAACUUUGCAGAUUGCCGCUGGAAGCAUGUACUUGAAGGUUCUUGCCAUCGGUACCAUCGAUGCCGUGACCGCGGACAAUGCCUUUUUUGGAAUCACACGCGGGCGGGCCAUCAAGAUCCAAGUGAUCAACAUAUGCUCUGAGCUAAGUAUCGGGUUGUUUGCCAAUUUUGCGCACUAUAGCAACCUUGUGGAGGAGAUCGUUUUGACCAUUUCGGAUCCAGCCAAUCAAGACGCAGUGCUGACAAAGUUGAUGCCCUUAUUUGACUCAUCCUUCGAUUCAAGGCCUCACAUGGUCCGCUUUGUUUAAAUUGAAUCUGCCGUUGUGCGAAGCACAAUACAUGUGGAGAGGCAAUGCCUGGGCCUGUAGCAUCAAUUGCACUGCUUUCUUCACAGCUCAGGGGAUGAUGCGGGAAUUCAUGGUUUGCUUGUGCCGCAGCUACAGCUAUUGACGGCAGUUGCACAGCUGGUGUAGCGUGCUGUGACUUGUGCAGCAUGCAGAUUGAAGCAGGAAAGAAGGCGCUUGGAGUGGCUGCCCCCAAACUGACACCGGAUGAGCUUUGCUUCUCACGUUUUCUUUUUUUGUUUCCUUCUUCUUCUUCUUCUUCUUCUUCUUCUCUUGCUUUUGAUUCGGUUGUGUAGUGC